UAUGGCGACACUGAGAUCUCCAAAGCGGUCUGACGGCACUCGUCGUCCGUUCUCUUACGUCGUUUAAUCAGUGUAUUCAAUUCUUUACUAAACAUUAACAUCUUUUCGUGUAACGAUGAUGCCUCACAGAAGAGAUCCUCUUGUUUCGGAGGCUUCGCUGCAUCUGUUUCAUCCUCACAUUUGUUCCCUUCUACUUCCUGUACUGUGCCGGAGUUUGUGCUCUCUGAAAAGAAAAAACACUGAUUCGAUCAGUUCAAGUUAA